AUGUCGGACCCGGUCGCUUCCAAAUCUGGCUUCCUAUGCAUGUAUAUGAAGAACCAUCCUGAUACAUUGGUUGCAUAUGUCAAAUAUUUCGGGAAAGUCGAGGGUAACGUGCUCACUGCUGGGAUGUCUAGCAUUGACUCCAAGGGUAUGACGCUUGUGUAUAAUCUCAAGUCCGGACAAUCGAAUACGACUCGGGUGUCAUUCGACCCGCCGCUUUCAGGGUACGAGGAAGUCAAACCCCGGCUUCUGAGUAUGAAGGCAGAGGCUCAGGAGGGUCUUGGUAUGCUUAAAGCUCCACAAAUAACCACAUUCCAGAUUCCUCGUACGACUGCCAUCACAGGAAUCGCGUUGUUCGCAUACUUCUAUUUCCUUUCGCCGCCACCGCCUGACACCACAUUCCUCUCCAUACCUGUCACCACUAUGGAUGCAUUCUUCUCCCCAGCGCACGCGUUUAGAAACGCCACUGGUCUUGGUCUUUCCUUCCGAACCACCUGCACAAUACUCUGCGCCAUUCAUGGCGCUGAAACACUUUAUACCUGGUCACUUUGCAGGCAAUAUGUUAAGAGUGCCAUAGUAACGGCUGCUUAUGUUGGCUGUACGAUGAUAUUCGGAUACCCGAUGUGGACAGACCUCAAAAGACGCGUUCAACAGAAACGCAUUGAAAGCGUUAUGAAGGUUGAGUAA